CUACACUUUCUCUUCUUCAUACUUCCAGCCGCUCUCUCUUCUUCCUCCUCCUCCUAUUCACACAGCCGCUUCCUGCUCGUCAGGGAAAUGGGCCUGAUCCUCAUGCCCGAGCUAUAUCGGGCCAGUUCCGUUGAAUGGAAACCAUCUCCGGUGGUCGCCUUAGCCACCAGCGCCGACAACUUUCAGGUUGCCGCAGCUCGCGAGGAUGGUUCUCUUGAAAUUUGGCUUGUCUCUCCUGGCUCAGUCGGCUGGCACUGUCAACUCAGAAUACAUGGAAAUCCCAAUUCAAGGAUUUCAUCGUUGGUUUGGUGCCGGCCAGGGUCAAGAGGCUUGCCUUCAGGUCGACUAUUCUCGUCGAGUAUUGAUGGUUCAGUUUCAGAAUGGGAUCUCAUUGAUUUGAGGCAGAAGGUUGUUAUUGAUUCUAUUGGUGUUUCUAUAUGGCAAAUGGCUGCACAGCCUUGUAGUAACCAGCAACUUAAUCAUAUCACAGACUCAAUGCAUUAUGAAAAUGGUCACUUGGAUCAUACCAAUAGUGGUGAUAUUGAAAAUGAGAGCAGUGCUAGUGGAAGUGACGACGAUGAUGACUCAGUUGUGCUCUAUGAAGAUCGUGCUCGUGAAGAUAGUCACAUAGCAUUUGCAUGUGAUGAUGGAUGUGUUCGAAUCUAUAGUGUUUCAUGUUCAGAUGACGUAGUGCAAAAAAGAUCAUUGCCAAGGAUCAGCGGCCGAAUAUUAAGCGUCACUUGGAAUGCUGAAGGAAAUAAGAUAUUUUCGGGGAGUAGUGACGGGAUGAUAAGGUGCUGGGAUGCAAAGUUCGGUCAUGAGAUAUAUAGGAUUACAGUUGGUCUUGGAGGUUCAGGUAGUGGAACUGAACUUUGCAUAUGGUCCUUACUUGCUUUAAGGUGUGGGACCCUUGUAAGUGCUGAUAGUAAUGGCAGUGUUCAGUUCUGGGACACCCAGCAUGGAACUCUUAUGCAAGUACAUUCUUAUCAUAAAGGGGAUGUGAAUGCUUUGGCAGUGUCACCUAGCCAUAACAGGGUAUUUUCUGCCGGUUCAGAUGGUCAGGUUAUCCUUUAUAAGCUCUCUACUGAUGGAAUUGAGUCUGAUGAAGUAAGUAUUUCUCCUGUAGUGAUGAAGAACUGGGUUUAUGUUGGUUAUCAGAGGGCUCAUACACAUGAUGUCAGGGCAUUGACUAUUGCCGUUCCCAUUUGUCGUGAAGAUACGACUGAAGUAAAGGUGAAGAGACAUCGGGGUAAGGAGAAGCCCAUUGAGUAUAGUUACCAUAAAUGGGCCCAUAUGGGAGUGCCAAUGCUGAUUUCAGGUGGUGAUGACACCAAGCUUUUUGCAUAUUCUGCCAAGGAGUUUUCGAAGUUUUCUCCACAUGAUAUUUGUCCUGCACCACAGAGACCAUAUAUACAGCUUGUAACGAACACUAUUUUCAACCACACUUCUUUGCUCUUGAUUCAGGCUUCAUACUGGAUAGAUAUUUUCAGUGUUGGUGCAAGAAACUGUGUUAUCACUAAUAGUGGAUCGAGCCCUUCCGAAGGAGCUGCAAAAACAGAUCUUGUUGCCCGUAUCAAGUGCAAGGCUUCUCGGAAGAUAACAUGUAGUGCAAUUUCUCCUUCAGGUGCAUUUUUGGCUUAUUCUGACCAUGUUAAGCCCAGCCUUUUGGAACUUAACCGAACUGGAAGCGGCAAAGUUGUCUGGAAUGUGAAUAAAAGACAGCUACCUUCAGAUUUGCCAUUUCCUCAUUCCAUGAUUUUCAGUCAUGAUUCAUCACAACUGAUGAUUGCAGGAUGUGAUCGAAGGAUAUAUGUCGUUGAUUUGGGAAAUAUGCAAGUCGAUCAUGUAUUCACGCCCUGCAGCAAGGACUAUGAUGAAGAGUUGCCACCUACCGAGCCUCCUAUAACCAGAAUGCUCACGAGCAGUGAUGGACAGUGGCUGGCUGCUGUCAGUUGCUUUGGAGAUGUUUAUAUAUUUAAUCUAGAAAUACAGAGGCAACACUGGUUCAUAUCAAGGCUGGAUGGAUCAUCCGUAACAGCUGCUGGUUUUGCUCCCCGAAAUAGCAAUGUCCUUAUAUUGUCAACAUCUUUAAACCAGGUUUAUGCAUUUGACGUGGAAGCUAAGCAGUUGGGAGAGUGGUCCAUGAAGCAUACGUUUUCUCUGCCAAGAAGUUAUCAAGAGUUUCCCGGAGAAGUUAUAGGCCUCUCUUUCCCUCCAUCAGCAAACUCAUCAACUGUUAUAGUAUACAGCCCAAGGGCCAUGUGUGUAAUCGACUUUGGGGUGCCCGUCGAAGGAGAGGACAAUGGGUUGACAACCAGUCAGGAGAUGCUGUUACGGAAGAUACAGAGCACUCCGGCGAAUGGGAAAUUGAAAAAGAGGCGGUUGAAAGGAACGGCAGAGUUAGAGAGUCAAUAUUAUGGUAAAAAGAAUUUUGUUUUUCGGGAAUUCAGAGACCCUGUUUUGUUUCUUGGUCAUCUUUCGAAAAGUUCAGUCUUGGUCAUAGACAAACCAUGGAUUCAAGUGGUUAAGACAUUCGAUGCACCUGUUCACAGACACAUCUAUGGAUCAUAGUUAUUGCCAUCUAGAGACACAUGUGUUGUGUUCAAUUAACCACACCCUUCCCUAACAGGGAAAGUGUUCUUCUAAUCUGUGGCCAAAUCAUGCAAUGCAAUACCCAACCCACACCCCACUCACUUGCUGCUGCAAUUGUUGUCUGCUGCGUUCCAAUGGCUGUCUUUUUCCUUUAAUGUUCCUUUUCCUUUUUUGUAAUGUGUUCCUUAACACUAGAGAUCAAAUUUUGUGCUUCACUAUAUUCUUUUCUGAGUCCACAGGCUCUCUGUUGUUUAAAUGUAUACUCCUAGAUGGCUAAGGUUAUACUCUUGAUUGUUGUUCUUGAUUGUUAGGACUUUAAUAAAAUAUGUGUUUCUGG